AGUCCAUUGCUCAUUAUGUCAAGGAUGCUCAGUUAUUUCAACGAUUUCGUCGUGAGCGGAUUUGACGACGAUGAAACGUUUGCUAUUAAUUUGUCUUUUUUAUACGCUCUUUGAAGCGGCUUUGUCGGUGAAAACGUCAUCAUCGUGCACGAAAAUUACGUACAUGCCAUCGAAUAAUGCCGGCUUUCGAUGCACUCAAUUAACGACGUUGCAGGACUUGGACGAAGCGAGGGCCAACACGACGGUCAUCGCCAUAUUCGAUUCUAAUAUAGCCAAUAUUCCUGGGCAUAGUUUUGUGAGAUUCGGAGCAACCCUUGUGACUUUAGAUCUGCACGAAUCGGGCAUACAAACAUGCGACCCUCAAGCAUUUGUUGGCCUCACGAAGUUGAAAAAAUUAAUACUUUGGGGUAAUAAACUGACGGACGUGCUGGCAGAUUGGUUCGUGAAUAUGAACUCCCUGCAGACCCUGGACUUGUCGUUCAACUUUAUCCAGAGAAUCGAUUACAUGAUCUUUCCAAUGCUUCCCAAUUUAAUAAAUUUCUAUUUCGACUACAACCAACUUCGAUAUAUCGACUACAGUAUGUUCGGUUAUCUGGGUAAUCUGAAGAGAGUGAAAUUCAGCAAGAAUCCAUGGGGCUGGGCAUAUCGUGCUCGCUUGACAUGGCAAUUUGAGAAUCAGAAGGUCGACGCACUGGACGUAUGGGAAGAUUGGAACUGGAUGAACGUCGUCAUCAAGGACUGUGUCGAGAGUGGCCGCGGCGAGUUGCCUAGCGACAAGGUGCUCGAUUGCGCCGUGGAGAAGCUGCUUACAUUCACGUACGAUACUUUCAGCGAGCAGGAGAGGAUGAGCAGCACGGCAGGCUGUAACGAGCAAGCAAGGAGAUUAGUGCGCUGCAUGAGACCAACGUCGACCAAUGUCACCAGCGAUACCGAUUAUGAAACAAUACGGAGGAUUCUCGAGGAUUACUCCACGAUUUUGCCGCCGAUGGAAAGAGCGCUGAGCCCCUUUCCGUUGAAACAGUAAACGCAUCUUGUCUCUAUUGCCUCAGGGGAAACUUCAAAUUCACCCUUUCCAUGAUGUCCUCGUCCAUCGGUUCUCCAGGCUCCGGAUCCGCCCAGUCCACAGCGAUCUCGUGGUCCCACAGCAUCACUUUCCCGGGUAUCAGCUUACGCCGUGCCAUCGCUGCCGCCCGAUGAUCCUUGAACUCGACGAAGAUGAAACCGCGGUUGAGGCUGCGAUCGUGCGCGCUCGGAUACAGGUAGAUAUCCGUGAUGUCGUCCAGCAUCUUGGUCAGCUCCUCCAUGAACUCCGGCUUGGUCUUGUUCUUGGGGACGCCGCCGAAGAAGAGGCGGCAGUUGUCCAUGGACUUGACCACGCCGAUGCGGUGGCCAGGACGGAUCUCGUAGCCGUUGAAACGCGCGCAGGCCUCGCGGGCGAUCCGCGAGGACUCGUAGGACGCGAAAGCGUAGCCGCGCGUCGACCCGGAGAAGUCCAGCAUCAGACGCAGCUCCAAGAGCCGGCCCACCUGUUCCAGCAGCGGCAUCAGCUCGUCCUCGUAGCAGUCGCGCGGCAAUCGGCCCAGGAACACCUCGGUGCCCUUGUUGCGCUUCUGCUGACCCGCAGUCACUUCCGGAGCCGUCAGCCGUCGUUGUCCGUUCACCUAUAUUCAUACGCAAAAUUAUUAAUUUUCUUCCUCCUUUAUUUCAUGCACAACUGCAGAAAAAGAAAAGGAGAUUGAAAUGUUCAAAAAUUUUUAGAAAGAGAUAUAUAAUUAUUAUCAUUCAUUCGAAUUGCGAUAUUUAUACAUAAAUAUAUAUGUUCCUUGAUUCGUUUUUAAUUGGCUCUCUAUUGGAGAGAUACAGAUAAAAUUAAUUAUAUUUUAUAUAUAAAUUAUUAACGCACAAGCAAAUAUUAUUUCGCAUUCUGAUGUAAAAUUGAAUUAUAGAUGAAGAGAUAUAUACAUAUAUGCUAUUAUAUAUAUUUUUAACAAAUCUUUUUUGUUCAUUUGCGUACUUUUACGGAAUCAUUGAUAUUUGUAAUUAUUAUUAACAAAUUAUAACUAUAAUUAUUUUUUAACG